AUGUCUCUCGCGGAUUUGCUGCUGGGUUUGUUUCUACUCGUCUUUCUCGCAACAUCUCGGUCACAGUGCCCCACGAAUCCAUCCGGGAUCGUCAACGACACACAGGCUCUGCUCUCUCUCGGUGACAGGCUUGGGAUCAAAGUGUGGAAGGAGACCGCCAAUCCAGGAGCAUGGCGGGGUGUGGAGUGGAGCUCGGACAACCGAGUAGAGGCCCUCACCCUGUCCAGGUUUAAUCUCUUGGGAGUUCUUCCUUCCAUCUGGGACGAGCUUCCGUCGCUGGCUCGCUUGGACCUCUCGCAAAACAACAUCUUCUCGCUGGAGGUGGCUGGUUGCAAGAACACGCGGCUCAAGCUCCUCAACUUGAGCUCCAAUUCUCUGCGAGAGGUCCCAGCAAACCUCUCCAGCCUCGAGAGCAUGGAAAGCUUGGACCUCAGUGGGAACUUCUUGGGAGUGGCUAGAGUUCCAAAGCUUAGCUCCACGCUGCGAUCGCUCAACCUGUCCAUCAACAACUUGACUGGGAGCGUCUCCAUCGGUGGUAACCUGGGACUGGAGGCACUGGAGCUCUCGCAUAACAGACUCAGCGGCUCCAUUCCAGAGACUUUCGGGGAGAUGACGAACUUGAUGCGCCUGGACAUAUCGUAUAACAAGUUUAGCGGAGAUCUACCCGAUAUCUGGAGCAAGAACUUGGAGCUCAGGUACUUGGAUAUCUCCAGCAAUUCGCUCCAGGGUGGUUUGCCACCGAGCUUGCGAAGGCUACGCAAGCUCUCGGUUUUAAGCGCUGGAAACAACUUUCUCUCCGGGCCACUGGAGCUGGAAGAUGGCGACUUUGCGAGCAUCGAGACUUUGCACCUCUUGCGAAACUUGUUUAACGGGACGGUACCAGCGAGGGUGGGAAGCUUGACGAACUUGAGGCUGCUGGUUCUCACGAGGAAUCGUUUCAGUGGCUCUAUACCUCUGGAGCUUGGAAACUGCUCAAACAUCAGAGAGAUAUGGCUCAACAGCAAUGACUUGACUGGAACCAUCCCAGGCGAGCUCUCGCAGCUCUCGCAUCUCCAGCAGCUAGUUCUCAACGGCAACGACAUCGGCGGGGAGCUCCCUUCCGGACUCUCCAACUGCACGGAGCUCAUCGCUCUCUGGCUGGAGCAGAACAAGUUCUCUGGAAAUCUCCCUGACACCUUCGGAAAUUUGAGCCGCCUGCUCUUUCUGUCGCUUUCCAGCAACAAUCUUAUCGGUUCAAUCCCAGCCUCCUACGGUAAGAUGACCUCGCUGAUCGGCCUCGACGUUGGAUCGAACGACCUCUCUGGAGAAGUCCCGGCCAUGCUCCAAAAUGUCUCGACAUUGCAGUUCCUCUUCCUCUCAAGCAACAGAUUCAGCGGCUCCAUCCCGGAUUGGCUUCUCCGGCUCAGGAACUUACGAGCCAUGGACUUCUCGCUUAACAGGUUCUCAGGCGAGAUACCGGCAAGCAUCGGCCGACUGUUUGCCAACGUCCAGCUCUACAACAUGAGCACCACCACCCCGCUGGUUCGCGCACAAAGCCUCAUCUACGCUGGCUUCGCCUUCCCGACAACCAUGGACUUCUCCUCCAACCAGCUGAGUGGAAGCAUUCCCGCGGCCAUCGGCGACCUCUACAAUCUCCAGGUGCUGGACCUGAGCCACAACCGGCUAACCGGUCCCAUUCCCGAGCCCCUGGGAAACGCAAAGAACCUCUCCAGGGUGACGCUCGCGAGCAAUCGUCUCAAAGGCUCCAUACCAUCGUCCGUGGCGGACCUCUCGUUUCUCACCGUCUUCGACGUCUCCAACAACAGCCUGGUGGGACGGAUACCUGACAGCCCGCAACUCUCGUCCAUGGACGCGGCUCUCUUCGCUGGAAACCAGCUCUGUGGCUUGCCACUGAUCAACACCUGUUCGAGCACUGCUACGCCGCCGCAUAGGCCCAGAAGAGACGAACAAGGUGGUAGGGAACAUGAUCAAGGAGGCGUGACAACACUUGUCAGCGUCGCCAUCUUCGUGGCAGCCUUCUUCUACGCGUUCUUCUGGACUUUCCUGUGUACUUUGCGGCAACCCACAAAGCUGGUUCCCAGCUCUGUGGGUGCUGGCAAUCGAAUUUCUAGCUCGUCCACCAUGUUGCUGCCGUCCUUUCUACCUUCCAGUUCGUGA